UUUUUUUGCACCGUUGGCAUUUGAUCAGGUGGCAGACGUUGACUGCGCUGUCGCUAGCAGACGAUCCAAUUGGGGAACUGCCAUAGACAACUCAGUGCUGUUGACGCUUUCAAUUGUUUGCUUUUUGACUUCGUUUCGUUCGCUUGAAUCUCUCGCCAGUACGCGCCCGUGUAAACGUUAUUAUCGCAAUAUACAAUUCAUUUGUUUAACAUCGUAAUUGAAAUUGCCACGAGAAGCGUUGAAAUAUUUUGGAAAUUCGUGUUUUUUUUAUAGGUUUACUGUUGCUGGAGUUACUGUUAAGAAUCACAAUCGGAAGUACAGAUUCUUUGCCCCUCCCAAUAAACGCGAACGCGUGUAUGCAUGUGCGAAAAAUCAGGUUACGGGACUUUCUCGGCUGCCACUGACUUUGCGUGCGAAUUGUUGUUGCUCUAUUUGAUUUAUUAGCGUUUAUACUCGUGCGAUCGCUGAAAAGUGCAUUUACAUACAUACAUACAUAUAUUUUCUGAAUCGUGGAGAAAGUGAUAAUUCACAAAGGUGUAAAAUUGAAAAUCUAAAGAAAAAAUAUUUUCUGUAUAUCGGCUCGUAAGUUAGUGUAAAAAUAUAACAAUCAUUCCACUUUUGAAAAAUUGCGUGUUAUUUAAUUUACUACUCGACUAUUCGAAAUUUGCAAAUUUUAUUGGAAGUUGUGUGGAAAUAUUAGCGUUACGAAAAAGCGCGCACAUUAAAUACAAAAAAAGUGCACGAUUUGCCUGGUUCAAAGCAUUUUUCGGCUGCGUCCACUAGCGAUUUUGAAUUUAUUGUGAUUGUAAAGCAAAAAACGUCAAUAUGUCCGCAGCAGUCGCGUCGGCACCGACAACAGCAAAAACAACAACUGCAACAAAAUCUGUAAACAAUAAUAAUAACAACAACAACAAUAAUAAUACAACUAAAACAACCACAAAGGUAGCAACUUCUGGCAGCGAUACGACGAGCAAAACAAACAAAAGCGUUGCAGCAAACAAAACCAACAACACUACAGCUACCAACAAUGAUGACAACAAUAAUAAUAAUAACAAUAGCAAGCAACAACGCCUAAAAUACAUAGCGAAUGUAGUGCGCGCCUUAGUGACAUCACGCAAACCGCCGUGCAAAUUACGCGAGGUACUAAGAGAGUAUCCCGAAAUCGAAGGUGAACCAUUAAAUUUUCGCAAACUUGGCUAUACAACAGCUAAAGAUCUGCUGAAGGCGACUGGCGAAUUUAGUUUUCAACAAUAUGGCGAAGAGACAUACAUAAAUGCCGUGCCUAGCCAGAAGUCGGCGCACAUUUCGUCUAUGGUGAGACAGCAGAAGGCAAGCAAAUCGACACGCAUCACAGUGGCACCACAAGUGCGACAACCGAAACGCUCCGAUCAGAGUUGGAACAAGAGUAGCUAUUCGUCAAACGUCUACCAGCGUUUGCCGGCGACGGGUCAGCAGCAGCAGCAGCAACAGCAGCGUUGGCGUAGUAAUGUGAGCAACACCGCAGCGGGGGCUGGUGAUCGCAACAACAACAAUAGUCAACAGCAAAACAAUAACAAUCGCAAUAGCAGUGCGAGUGGCCAACAACAGCAAAAGGCAACGAAGCCAACACAAAAGCCACAACAACAACAGCAACAAGCACAGAAAACUCAGCAGCAACAACAGCCGCCUUUGCAGCGUCAAAAGUCGCUCGGCGCAACAACGACGAAUAAGACCGCAGGCGGCAACGAGAAGCGAGAUCUACGCGAGAUGUUGAACGCAAAGGCAGCACAGCAGCAGUCCAAUGGUGGUGGAGCGGCCAACAAUGGCAAUAAGGCGGCUGGCGAGACUGAUUUACGCGAACGUUUGAAUGUCAAACGCCAACAACAACAACAUCAGCAGCAACAACAACAGCAAAAGCAGCAGGCCGCCGCUGAACAGCAAAAAUCAUCGCCGCGUCCCAUUUUGGGGCAGAACAACAAUUCGGCAAUUGCCAUCGCUUCGACAUUGAUUUUGGCGCAGCGUGAACAGAAAAUGCAGGAGCAGCAUCAGCAACAGCGCGCUCAGCUGUUGGCCGCGCAACAAUUACGUCAGCAACAGCAGCAGCAGCAACAACAACAGCAGCUGAUACAACAAAAUCUGCUGCAGCAACAACAAUUGCAAAAGCAAGCACAGCAACAAAUGCAGGCACAGCAACAAUUGCAAGUGCAACAACAGCAGCAGCAGCAACAGCAAACGCAGCCGCGUCCAUUGAUGGCUGUUGGCGUUGCCAAACCGGGUGUUGGCAUCGGUUCGGUGCAGGAUCGCUUACGUAUACGUAUUAAUAAUAAUAAUAAUCAUCAAAACAGUAACGGUACGAAUGGCAGCAGCACACCCGAGACGUCACCGGCGCUAUCUUCCACAGGUUCCGACAAACUCUUGACGGCGGCGAACUCAUUUGUUGCUUCGGCGGCUAUGCAGCAGCUGCAGAUACAACAGCAGCCACAAUUCCACAAACAGCGCUACAUAGUCAAACAACAACAGCAGCAGCAGCUACAACAACAGCAACUCGGCGAGGCGAAUGGGCAGCACGUCAUACCGCCACGCAUUUUCCAAUUCAACCCCAAACUCGAUCCGAUGACUUCGCUAUCGCAAUACUGUGUGGUGCGUCGCUAUGCACCGCCAGCUUACAGCGCUAUACGCUCGAAAUUCACACGCCUCUAUCAGUGUCGCGUCAAUGUGAAUGGCACCAUCUUCUCCACGUACCCCAAUGAAUAUCUGCACGAGCAUGUCGCACAAAUCUCUUGCGCUCAAAAGGCUAUUGAACAAUUGAAGCUGCAAGAGGCGCGACGUCCAUUACCGCUGUUCUCUGAAGGCGAUGCCGAUCUCAUUGACAAGCUCUACAACGAGUUGAAACAACAUCCACAUGGCAUAUUCGCCAAGAACAUACCUGAGAUAUUCGAGGAAGCGUACAAGCAGUCGCUGCCUGAACACUGGUGGACAUUGGUGCAAACCUCACCUAAAUUCACCACUGAAUCGGCGACCAAUAAUGCUGUGAUUGUCUUUGCCAACGAGGAGGCGGACAAAGAGAAGGCUGGCGCCACCGGUGCAAUCAUACAAAUGGACGGCAUUGCAUUGCCGUGGAAACAGAAAUAUUGGCAAUUGUACGUUACAUAUUGCGCUUCCACAAUUGAUGUGUGGGCACGUCUCUUCGGCAAGGAGUACGGCGAACGUUUUGACGGUGUUAUGAGUGAAAUCGAAGCGCAUAUGUCCACGCAAAAGACACGUCCCUUAUCGCUUGCGUGCAAAAAUAUCUAUUUGGUGUGCAUCAAUGAGUGUUGGCAUCGUGUGCGUGUCGAAGAGCUGGAUAAACCGAAUGCAACGGCGCGUUGCUUCUUCAUCGACUUUGGCGAUAGUGAUUGGGUGGCUGUGAGUGAGUUGUAUAUAUGUGAGGCGCAAUUUUUGCGUUUGCCCGCGCAAGCGGUGCCUUUGUCACUGUUUGGGUUGGAGGAUUUCGCGGGUAAUCCGAAUGCGCGACGUCACUUGGAUGCGAUGUUGUCGAGCAAAUCGGUGGUGGGUGAGAUAUUGACAAAGGAGAGUGACUUCUACAACACCGAAUCGAGCGCUUGUGGUAAAAUACAAGUUGUAUUGUAUGAUACCUCAACCGAGGAGGAUGUGAAUCUCAAUUCACUGCUAUUAAGCAAGAUUUGCGAUGAUACACCGCAACCGGAGAUUAAGCAUAAAGGCGCCACUAAUGUGCUGGUCUCACAUAUAUGUGACGAAGGUGAUUUGUAUUUGCAAAUACUCAACACUGAUUUUAAAUAUGUACAGAAACUCAUACGACAACUGAUCGAAUCGAAAUUUAAACGCGAUCAACACAAGAUCACUGCUACCGAUCUGAAACGUUCGAAUCUAUUCUUAAUAUGUGAAGACAGUGCUGAUGGUGAGGCACAAUGGUAUCGUGGCGCACUUGCAGACAUGCCGAACUAUCGCGUCGAGGAUGAAGAAUUCGAUAUAUUUUAUGUGGAUUAUGGCAUAACACGUCGCACGCACAUUUCGAACAUUUUCCGUUUAGAAUCGCUGAGUACAGCGUUGAGCAAAUUCCCGCGGCAGGCGAUACGUGCGCGUCUACACAAUAUACCACCAAUAAGCAAGAGCAUUGUUGGGCGCAUGCGCGCAUUGCUGCCAGCCAAUUGUGCGGCUUUUGUAAAAAUGAAUAAACCCGGCAAAUUGCCAUAUGUCACUGUCUAUCGUCGUCAUGAAAGUUCCGAUAUGCUGUGCAAUAUCAACGAAGACAUACGCAUGGAAGCCGAAUUGGAAAGUUCGACGGCUUCCAAUGGCGAGGACGAUGAUGCUUUGCCCAUCAAUGGCAAACACUUGGGUCUGGCUAAAAAUGGUAGUGGCGGCAGCUUGAAUUCGCCAACGACACAACAAACCUUUGUAGAAAUGACGCGUGGUCUAACGCUUACCACUUCAGUGCCAAAUUCACCACAAAAAGUUGCUGAGCUGCCAAAACUACAAAAUUACACCGCAAUACCGCGUGAUCCCAAUGAUUUUCUGGAAGUGCGUGUCACUAUGUCGGCGAAUCCUUCCAAUUUUACGAUCCAACCCUACAAAGACUAUCCACGCCUUCGUGAUCUCAUGAAGGAACUGCAGGAGUACUGUGAAAAUAACGAUGAAUUCAUACCGGCUGAUAUGGUGGAAAUAGGACAGGCCUAUGCAGCUAAAAAUCCGGAUGGUUUCUAUCAUCGUGUUGUUGUAGUGAACACCUACAAUGGUGAUAUGAUACACGUUUGUUUCUGUGAUUUCGGUGAUAUAGCAAUAUUGCGCAGCGACCAAUUGAAAAUAUUACCGGCCAAGUAUCGGCAAUUACCGAAAAUGUCGAUACAAGCUAAAUUGCAUGGCAUAACUGCCACGCAUGGCGACUGGAGUCUGGAAGAUUGUCUACGCUUCCGUCAGCUAACAGUCGGCCAAAAGUUCGUAGCAUCCAUAAAACGUAUUACAUAUGAUAAGUUGGGCGCACCCGACACACCAAUACUCGACUUGGAAUUGAUUGAUGUGACUACCGAUGAGGACGUUUACAUACACGAGAUAUUAUUGCAGGAGCAACGUGCCGUUACAAAUGACAAAGCGGCGUCCAAUUAAAUGUCACUCACAACUGAACUCAAGAGAUAAACGAAAUAAGUGAAAAAGAGAGUUAAUAUUUCUUAUAGCAUAUAACGGUAGUUUUUAGCGUAGGUUAGUGCAGUUAGUUACUUUGCUUUGGCAGGCAAGCGUUUAAGCAAUUCAUUUCAGCUUUUUGUACACUAACUUAAAUGUUUGAAACGUUUUCGCGAAAUUAUUAUUUUGUUGCUAAAAUUAUGUGUUAAUUUGCAAUGACCGCAGCUUUCUUCAGACAAGUUGUGCGUUUAGUGGAAAAAUAUUUAAUGACGUUACUAAUGAUUCAACUCGUUAUACGUAAAUUUAUAUAUAUAAAUUUCAUAUUGUUUUAUUAUUUGACCAUUACGCAUUACUUUUAUUUCUUAUUCUUUGAAAUCGUUGUUAAAUCAUCAAACUCACGUUUAUAUUAAAUUAGAGCGCGAAAAUCACAUUCCGUGCAGCAUUAUUUUUUCACACAACACGUCGUCAGUUUGAUAAAAGCUAAAAAGCUUAGUGUUUUAGUCGAGCAUUGUAUGCAAGUUACUAACAGCAAAAAAUCAUUAAUUUUUGUUUUAUAAAUUGAAUUGAUAUUAUUACUAAACGAAAAGGUUAAUUCUUCGGCAUAUAUGCGUGAUUUUUGUAAGCAUAUGAAGAUAUCACUUGGUAAAAAAAUACUUAUUAUAUAAUAUUAUUAUUAUUUUCAUUUUUAACUUUAUUUUAAAUAUUUAAAACGAAAUGUAGUCGAUAUAAGUUAUUUAUGCUAAUUUGUGUAAUAUUCGUAUUACUAGAGGUUGAGAAAUGAAAUGAUUAAAAUUUGUAAAGAAAAAAAAACUAAAAUCAUACUUAAAAGAGAUUUUAACAUUUUAGAAAUGAAAGCGUAGUUGGUGUAGACAAAUUUUGACUACCAACUACUACUACUAUUGCCAAAAUAAUACUAUGAAAUUGCGAUUUAGUGAAUAUUGUUACUUGAUUUAUUCUUUUAUUGUUUCAUUGCGUGUGAAACAUAAGAUUUAUGACAAAAGAUGCGUUUUAGUUAUAAAAAAUAUAAAGAAAUCUUGUACGAAGAAUAACAAAAAAAAACUUGAUGUUGAAAAAAAAAACGAUCACGA